GCAGUUCAGUCUGACCUUGACACAGACAGUUCAAGACGAAGGACGUUGUUUGAAGUGUGGCGUCUCUUUUCACUGGAUUUUUUAUUUUUAUUUGAUCAAAUGCAACGCUUUGGAUUUGUACACCUCUGGCUGUUGGGGUCAGUGUUACUGAUCUGCCUCCUCUCAGGGCUGAAUGGAGACAUGGUGCUAACACAUCAAGAAUCCCAUCUGAGGCCGUCAGAGGCCAAAUCAAACUUGAAUCAAACUGAACAUGUCCAAGGCUCCAGCAUCACAGGAAUACCAAUCGUGACCUUCAAGUGGAACCAUGUGGAGACCCCUUAUCUAGUUGCAUUAUGGAUAUUGGUGGCUGGUUUGGCAAAAUUAGUCAUCGAGGCUAACCACCAUGUGACCAAUGUGAUCCCAGAGAGUGCCCUACUCAUCUGCUUUGGCUUCGUUCUGGGUGGGAUGGUUUGGGGUGCAGACAAGGUGCAGACAUUCAGGCUGAGCCCAAGAGUAUUCUUCUUCUACCUGUUGCCUCAGAUCAUCCUGGACACGGGCUAUGCCAUGCCAAACAAGCUCUUUUUCAGCAACAUGGGGGCCAUAUUGGUUUACGCCGUUAUUGGGACCGUCUGGAACGCUGCCACCUUGGGACUGUCGCUGUGGGGGUGUGCCAAAGGAGGAGCCAUGGGUGAUGUGGACAUCGGCCUGCUGCAGUAUCUUCUCUUCGGUAGUCUGAUUGCUGCUGUGGACCCUGUAGCUGUCAUCGCCGUAUUUGAACAAGUCCAUGUCAACGAGGUCCUCUUCAUCUUGGUGUUUGGAGAGUCGCUGCUCAACGAUGGUGUCACAGUGGUGCUCUUCAAUGUAUUUGAUGCGUUUGUGUCACUGGGAGGAUCUAAAAUUAAUGCUGCAGAGAUCAUUAAAGGAAUAGUUUCCUUCUUUGUGGUGGCGUUUGGUGGUUCCCUCUUGGGCUUUGUGUUUGGCCUGCUGGUCUCUCUUCUGACCAGAUGCACUAAAAACAUCAAGAUCAUUGAGCCAGGCUUCAUCUUUGUAUUGGGAUACCUCUCCUACCUGACUGCUGAGAUGCUCUCCCUGUCUUCCAUCCUUUCGAUCGUCUUCUGUGGUGUUUGCUGCCAGAAAUACAUAAAUGCAAAUAUGGAUGAAAAUUCGGUCAACACAGUGAGAUAUGUCAUGAAGGUUUUUGCCAACGGAUCAGAAACCAUCAUCUUUGUGUUCCUCGGCAUCUCGGCCAUUGACACGACAAUCUGGGUCUGGAACACAGGGUUUAUCCUCCUCACGCUCUUCUUCAUCUUUAUCUAUAGAUUCAUCGGUACCUUUAUCCUCACCUGGAUGCUGAACAGAUACAGGCUGGUCCCCGUGUCAUUCAUAGAUCAGGUGAUUAUGAGCUACGGUGGCCUGCGAGGGGCUGUUGCAUAUGGCCUGGCUAUGUUGCUGGAUGAGAACAAGAUAAAGGAAAAGAAUCUGAUGGUCAGCACUACUCUCAUUGUAGUGUACUUCACUGUCAUUAUUCAGGGAAUAACGAUGAAACCUCUGGUCACCUGGCUUAAUGUUAAGAGAGCUGCAAUAGCUGAGCUCACACUCAUAGAAAAAGUGCAGAACAAGGUGUUUGAUCACAUGCUUGUUGCCAUAGAAGAUAUAUCUGGACAAAUAGGACAUAACUACAUGAGGGACAAGUGGAAUCAUUUUGAGGAGAAGUGGAUGACGAGGUUUUUAAUGAAGCCUUCAGCGAGGAAGAACCUCGACCAUGUCUUUAAUGUCUUCCAUCAGCUGAACCUCAAGGAUGCAAUGAGCUACGUGGCAGAGGGGGAACGUAGAGGCUCUCUGGAGUUUAUCCGCAAUGAUACUGCGUUCAUCGACUUCAAGAAAAAAUUUGUUGACGACUUUGCAGAUGUCAUGCCUGACAUCAUGGCUGACGAUUACGGUGCAAUGUCCCCAAUGAGAAGAGACCCUGUACCAUCAGUGAGCCUGGAAAUGCAGAAGCAGAGCAUGAAUGGUGUGAGGGAAACAGAGGAUGUUAACUCUCACCACCUGCUGCAGCAGCAUCUGUACAAGGGCAGGAAACAGCACCUGCACAGGUACAGCCGGAGCCAUUUUGAUGUCAACACAGAUGAAAAUGAGGUGCAGGAGAUCUUCCAGAGGACCAUGAAGAAUCGUUUGGAGUCGUUUAAGUCUGCAAAGAUGGGAGUUGCUCCACCCAAGACAAUUACCAAGCACACAAAGAAAGACCAGCAGAAAAAGAUGCCAAAUGGAAAAUCAAUGGACAAAAGUAAAAGCUACCACUCGGCUGAUGAAGAUUUUGAGUUCUCAGAGGGAGACAGCACCUCUGGCUAUGAGGCCUCAGCCAGUUCAUAUCCCAUGAGGGUCAACCACAGAGCUGGAGGUGGAAUUGAGAAUCCAGCAUUCAUGCCAGACCUGGACGUCAUGCCGCAGGUGCAGAUCCCUCCAUGGCUGGCGGAGGCCGAGCCCGUCAACAGUAUGGUGGCUCCUUCGCAGCAAGCCCAGGCGAGGCUGCCGUGGACGCCCAGCACACUGCGCCGCCUGGCUCCUCUUCGCACCAGCACUCGCUCCACUGACUCCUUCGCGCUGGCUGACACUCCUGCCACGCAGCAGACAGACGAGCACCUGCCGCCACCUCCACCUCCUUCUCGUGGAGACGGCGGCCAGUCAUAGCAUCAUGCCACCCCUCCCUUAUCUCCCUUUAACCUGGCUGCCAUAGACACAAAACUUUGCAUCGUCUACUCUCAAAAUAUUGACUAUAAUGUUUUCUUUUUCGUGCCAUUGUUUAAUGUUAGUCCAGAAUUUCUAGACAAAAGAUUCACAAUCCCAUAACCUUUGUGCUCUUGAGGCAGUUUCUGUUGUUGCUCUAACUUCACCCUUCACUGAGCACAUAAAGCGUGAGGUCCUGUAUGCACAGUGGCAUGUUAUUUACCAGCACAUGUUGAACAUUGUCUUAUUUCCUCCUCUGGUUCAGAGUAAACCAUUCAAACUGUGAAUGACUUGAACCCAGAAUGUGAUGCAGAAGCCGUUCUUCAAAAAUGCUGAUAGUUAUGAAUUGUGUUAUUUAAUUAGUGUGUUACAGAAAUAAUUAAUCUAUAAUCUGAAUAUAAUGUUUUUGUGUGUUUUCUCACUUGUCUCUACCUUAGUACUUGAGGGUGAAUAUUAAACUUGAAGAAUAAGACUACUGUGAAAAUGUCACAUGUAUGAUAAAGACAAAUUAUAUUUAUUCACAAAUUAAAUUUGUUUUUAUGUAGACAUUUCAAAUCUGUGCACAAGCGAAUUACAAUUCACGUACCUUGACUAACUGACAUGAUUUUGAACAUUACGCACUUAAAAUAUGGUUUUAAAAAUAAUAAUGAAGAAAAAAGUCUUUAUGGCGUUGGUUACACUGUCAUUUCAUCAAUUAUUAGAGCUGCGUUGAUAAUUGAUUAAUCAUUUAUCCCCCCCAAAAAGUAAUUUUAUAUUGUAAAAUAAAGACCUAUGAGUAUUGUUAGAGCAUGCACAUUUGGACUGCAGAUGAAAAUGAGCCUUUCAACAAAAUCCUGCACAAUUACAUCAAACUGAUGUUAAUAAAUGAGUAGUAUUUAUAAAAGUAAGGCAAAUAAAAAGAAUCCGCCUUCAGCUAUCCUGGCCAUUUUAUGACCACCUAAAAUAACCAUCAGAUUAAUAAAUAAUAAAAAUAAUAGUUACAGCCCUAAUAUUGAUCGAUGUGGAGCCAACCAAAUUACUCUUUUUAUAUCCACGUGACACUUGUUCACAUAACUCAUUAUAAAUAGUCCAUUUCUGAUGUUUCCAGUUGUUUUGUGAUGUAGUCUAAUAGAAUUUCUUCAUUUCCAGAAUCCUUCAGGUAAAAAUGUGAUCCGUCAAGCAUCCUGACUGUGAAAUCUCCUGAUGUGAUGUCUUUCCAAGCUGUUGAAUACAUUUAAUUACAAUUAAUAAUAAUAUGAACAGAGAGACAACUUACACUGAGAUGAUUCUUUCAUUCAUUGUCUUCAGCACAAACAGAGGGCACAUGGAGUUCUGUACCAACAUACAUUUAUACUAUGAUUUUAUGUGAACACCUACAGAUACUCUCUAUUAUCUGAUAUGCAUUUUAGAGUAAUAUUAGUAUUUUUCCAGUGGAGUUCAAGUGUCUUUCUCUAGGACACUUUCUGAUGUGCACUGUAUGUAUUUGUCAUCUAAAAUAAAUUUGUAGAGAUGUUCAGUGA